GAGAUAGGACAUGGUAUGGCAGAUCUUUUAGCAGCACAUUUUAACAGUGGUCUUGUGGCGGCUAAGAUUGGCGGUGAACGACCGGUGUGUGGCAACCCUGGCACAGGAACACUAUGGCGAGAUCUAGGCAUUGUCGCUGAGCGAUGUGUAGUGAAGGAUGAAUUUCAUCCCUUCAUCGAGGCCCUUCUCCCCCAUGUCCGUGCCUUCUCCUACACCUGGUUCAACCUGCAGGCACGCAAACGCAAGUACUUCAAGAAGCACGAGAAGAGGAUGACAAAGGAUGAAGAACGCGCAGUGAAGGACGAGCUGCUGGGUGAGAAGCCCGAGAUCAAGCAGAAGUGGGCGUCGCGGCUGUUGGCCAAGCUCCGAAAGGACAUCCGGCCCGAGUUUCGUGAGGACUUUGUGCUCACCAUCACAGGCAAGAAGCCCCCCUGUUGUGUACUCUCCAACCCCGACCAGAAGGGCAAGAUCCGCCGUAUCGACUGUCUCCGCCAGGCUGACAAGGUGUGGCGGCUGGACCUGGUGAUGGUCAUCCUGUUCAAGGGCAGCCCCCUGGAGAGCACGGACGGAGAGCGGCUGGUCAAGUCGCCCCAGUGCUCCAACCAUGGCCUGUGCGUCCAGCCCCACCACAUCGGCGUGUCCGUCAAGGAGCUCGACCUCUACCUGGCCUACUUCGUCCACUCACCAGGUCAGUUGGUGAACGCCUUACAGCUUUUCUAUGUGGCCGCUGUUGACUGUUUUAUACUAAAAGCCCGGUUCACUGCUGAACUGCAUGUCUCGCUGUUAAUCUCUGUUGAUCUCUUAUUCACUCUCCCUCCUUUCAUCUAUCUAACUAACGUAUGCCUCUUCUCAGGGAGCCCCCGUGCCUCAGCCUCUGCCCUGCACUUCCCCUCCCCCUCCAUCAUCCAGCAGUCCAGCCCGUACUUCACCCACCCCACCAUUCGCUACCACCACCAUCCUGGACAGGACCCCCUGAAGGAAUUUGUGCAGUUUGUCUGCGCUGAUGGUUCGGGACAGUCUGGCGGCCAGCCAAACGGGAGCGGCCAGAGCAAAAUGCCGGGCUCCUUCUUGCUGCCUCCACCUCCCCCAGUGGCCCGCCCAGUGCCCCUCCCCAUGUCCGACUCUAAAUCCAGCAGCACGCCUCCCGACGGCGGACUGACCUCGCCCACAUCUCCGUCUUACUCCACGUCAGGGGCCCCAGCUCCCAACAGGUUUGUCAGCAUCGGAUCACGGGACAACAACUUUCUGAACAUCCCACAGCAGACACAGUCUUGGUUCCUCUGACAUGACCUGUCUGCAAACCAGCGUCUAGAAUCUUUCAUUACAAUUGGGAAUUGAAACAUGGAAAACAGAAAAAUAACCCACAGGAAAUUGCCCAACGAUCCUUAUGUCUCACAUAAAAAGUAAAGCAACCCAGGAAGUCUUAGCAUGAUACUAGUAGAGGAACUCUGGACCCAAUUACCUAAACAGAGGGACCCCCCCAUUUUUAAGACGGGAGGAUCAUAGGAUUUGGGAGAGGCAGAGGACAAGUCAUCAUCUCUCAAAACCACCGAACCAGCAAAACACGGCAACACAAAAAGAGGAACCUGAAGAGAAAAAAGGUCACCUUCUACUUUGGAACAAGGACACAUUGUGCAAUGGCUGGGAAAAGCAACUGUUCAACAGUCAAAAAAACUGAUGUAGGAGUGGGGAUUGAAAUUGAAGGGAACAUCCAAUCACUCUCUUGAAGGCACAAAACACGCCAUAAUUUAAAUGAGGUACACUCCCCACUGUCAAAUCACCCACAAAACAAACCCAUUAGGUUCCAGUGAAAUAUGUAGCAGUCCAUGCUACUGUGAUGUCUCCCUGUCACUCAACACACUGUCAAUUGACCAAUAUUUCCCAGUCUUAUAACCAUUGACCUAAUCAGCCCCACUACUAACAAGACAGAAACCAUGCCAAAACAUAUCCUAAACGUUGCACUACAAGCUGAAUUAACACAAAUCUCAUGUCCACUAUUACACCUACAUGGCAUGGGGGAAAAACAGGCUUACCUAUGAUUGUAUUGUUAUUAUUAGUGAAAGAGAAAAAAACAUGAUAUGAAAAGUCUCAGCCUACAGUUCAGCAACACAAGGCCUCCACUCUAACCAGCAUCCCAGCAGAAGAACCCAAACCCAAGUAAAGCAACAUGCAAUUGCCCAGUUCACUCUUGCAAAACUACAACUGCGACAAUAAUCAAGUGCUAAGUAUACCCACUUUCAUUUGAAUGAUGAAUGCCAUUUGUAACACACAUAUAUACACACACACACCAGGCCCAAGUGGUGUUAUUACGUCUAUAACACAUGCUAUUCACACGUUUCCAGUACACUCUUUUUGCCCCUUGUUGUAGACACAGAACCCAACACACAUACUUAGUUAAAAAUACAGGCCUCUGCUUUAACACCCAGAACUACACAGCUGUAGUAGUAAUAUUCCCUUUUGCACAGAAUUGUUUUAUUUUUUGUUUCUUCUCUUAUUGGACUUGUCCCUCUGAAUUUGUCCGCUUUAAAAAAUGUGUUUGAAUGACAGCACCUUAUUGAGAAAUACAGCGGGUGGGAGUGAGACUUCGAGUGGUAUUGCCAGGAAGGGUGAUUCUGUCAGUGUUCAGUACCAUGUAGUGAAACAGUGACAUUAGGUUGCUGAGGGCCCAAAGUCCACCUCCCUCCCAUCUCCCCGAAGUUUACCCUUUUUGUUUACACUCCCAGACUGCCCCUGUUCCAAGAGCAGAGAGCCACGCUGCGGAGCAAAAUGAUGUGACAUGUUUGUUCCCAUGUUUGGGGAGGAGAGCCUGGGUUGAAGUCAGAGGCCAUAUUGAGAUGGUCUGGCAGGGUGCUAUGGUCGCCUCUUUUCCCUGACACGAUCUCAUCUCCCCAUCCUAUCCAGCCUGUUCGUUCUGUUCAAUCAGCCCUUAUAGAUCAAACUGCCCUAAAGAUACCUUACCAGCCAAAAGUUCAACCUUUUGAAAUCAAGAGGGAAAAAUUAAAUGAACACACUUAGCACAGCGCCACUUGACAAACUCACACACUCACAUGCAAACUUACAGUAUAAGUAGCAGUUACAACCCCCCCAGCCCAGGCCAGAUUGACUGUAAAGGGAAGUCUUAACAUAGGGAAAUCUCUGAGGAAACCUUUUGUUUUUAAUCAUUCACUUUUUAUUUGAAUUCCUAACAUUACUAAGAUUCAGUUCAACAUCAGCUCAAAUCACCAACCUCACAAAAUAACUGGACUGCCUGGCCAUGUACUUCACUGCAGGGAAACAAUGUUGCCAGACGGCAACCAUCUCAUCAGCUUGAUAGAGAACUAGCACUGCUGAAUAAGAAUUAUGAUGGCUAUGGUGAUUUCUUUUCUAAUCUAUGGAAGUGCCUCUGUAUUCCCAUUAUGCAAUUUGUUAAACAUGAAUUCAGGUUCUUUUUCUCACAUAUAAGCUAAUAGUGAAUGGUGGUGAAAUGCUAUGUCUGGGGAGAAAAACAGUGACAGCUCACUGAAUAAUUGCAAUCAUCUUUAUAUAUACACACAUAUAUAUUUAUAGAUAUAUACAUUUUUUUAUUUGCAAAAUAAGCUCUGUGGCAGUCUAGUUAUUUUUUGAAGCAUGGCACAGUCAAUUGAUGCAUCUUAAAUAUCUGAUUAGAGCAAAAGUACCAGUCCCUACACCCACACCUACAUCUAAUAGCAAAAAGUUUCCAUGGCAAAUACUAUAGAUACAUGAUUUAUAUAGCAAACAAUAAAGUGACAUUGUAGUCAAGGAAAAUAACAGAUUAGAUUUUGGUUAUUCUUUCUUGUUUGGGAAGUAUUGUUGAAAAAAAUAUAUGUAUGUUGAUUGAGCCAUGUGCAAUGCCUUGGGUAGAUAAAUUGUGUUUGUCUGUUAGAGAUUGUUUGAGGGUGUCACGAGAAAAGAGAGGCUAAACCCUCUAUUUUUUUGUUUUAAGUCCACUAGCUCCGGGACUCUAAACACGAGGGCAGACAAAAAAAAUCCCAGUCUUUGUAAAUUGAAAAUGAGUUUUUAUUUUUUUUCCUUAUUCCUUUAAAAAAAUGUAUUUGUAAUAAUUUGUUUUCUAAAUCUGGGAGGGCUGAAGGAACAAUUUAGCAAAACAAAAAUAUAUAUCACUAAAUGAAACUGGUGCUUUUUACGAAAUAAAGUACAUUCAAACUCUAUUAUACAUAAAUAGUAAUAAACAAAAUGAAGUGUUAUCAUAAAGCACAUUUUAGGAAACAUGCAUUAUUCUAUUUCUCUUUUUGUAUUUACCAAGGGGGGAGGGGUUCAUUAUAUGAAAAGGUUGUGACAAAAGGCAUUUUUCUUCAACCUUUAUCCCAUAGCAGGAAGAGGACCGUUCUGUUUAGUUUGAUUAGAUGGUUAUCCUGACAAUGGGAUGAUGAACUAGUGGAAAAGGCCUGACGUAAUGGACAUCUAUCUGGGCCAUGUCAGUAUCACCAGAGAACUGACUAAAACAUGACCUAUUUAACAGAUGAAUUGCAACUUGCAUCCAAUUUUCUAAACUGUGGACAUGUUUAAAACUGGCCAACCAAAGUAAUCAAGUUUGGGACACAGACAAGAUCUUCCCCAUUUUGGGAGAUGCAUCAGAUAUGGAAUCCAUUUUUCUAAGUGUUAGCUCAACCACAAAGUGAUUAACAGCGUUUGGAGAGAUGGGAGGUGUAAUGUGAAAUACAUUUUGGUAGGUUUAGUUGAUUUAGUAGACUCCUAUCUCAAACCCAAACAAGAGGUGAGGGAGUAUAAGGUGUAUUUUGAGCACAGAAAGGAUGAGAGCAGGUUUAAAUCAAAGAAGUGAACCCUUCCCCCUUCCACUCCCAAUCCGCAGUGUAAAUUAUUCUAAAUAUUUGUUUGGUGAUGUAGUGUUAGAAUCAGAGCAUCUUAAAGGUUGUCCCUAAAAAGUGCCUUUUGUUCACAGACUCCAUCUUGUAAUCCUGAGUGCCCGUCUCAAAAAAGUCCCCUCCUUCAUAUUUCUUCUAUAUCCUCUCCUUCAAGCUUUUCAAAGCAGUAUAUAUAGUACUAAAGGAAAUUGGUGUGAUUUAGUUAUUUUUAUUGUUGAAUAAUUAAGAAAAGCAAAAAAAAAAAAAUCUGUCUUGCUUGUCUUCCUGUAUCUUGUCUUCUGUCUCUCUUGGACACUGGAGUAGUCUGUAGCUGCGUUACCCUCCUUAUCCCUCCCCAAACCCCUUUUCUCUGAAUGGAGGGGUAAAAAAAAGCUAAACUUUGUCUGAGCAGAAUGCAGUUAGCUCACAUGUUAUUCUUGUCUGUAUGCUUCACAUUGUAUACCAUACCGAUCUCUUCAGCUUCUCCAUUGAACAGCUAAUGUAAGUGAACAAGUUACACCGGGUGGGCUCUUGGGGUGUGGCGAGGAGAGGGUCUGUGAGGGUGCCUAGUUUUUCACUGGGAUGUAUUUGAUAACAUAUCACAACGUGGAGAUAAAAUACACGUAGGAAUUUCCCUCUGAAUGGGCAAGGGAGCUGCAUGGCAACUGGGGUAGAAUAGGCAGGUUUUUAAGUCUUGUUUUUAUCAAUUCUUUUUUUUACAGAAUUUGGAUUUUCAUAUCUUAUGCAGCAAUGCUACAUUGAGACCAUUUAAUGAUGCACCUUUCUAGUGGUUGUAUGAGACCAGCUAUUAAAACAAGUGAAAAAAGUACCUGAAAUGACUAAGCACCUUAUAACAGUUCCAAUGGUUCCAGCCCAGGUAGACUGGCAGGCUCAGAUCCACAAUCAAGAGAACCAUUACACCCAUUUACUAGAACCCCAAAUGAACAGUGAGAACAAUUACAGACUAAAGUCAUAUGGUUCUAUACAAUGUAUGUGACAUGUGGUACAGUUAAAGCACCUUGAAAUUCCACCAGCAAAAUCAAGAGCGGGCUUGAUAGAGGGCCUACUUGUUUCCUACAAGAAUAUGCACGUUUUUAUUGUAAGUGAUUGCAGCCAGCAGCAGUAUUAGCCUUGACAAGUAAAGCGUCAGUCGAGAAGCCAGAGUGACAGGUUUCAGUGUGUGCUUUGCUUGGGCAGAACUUUGGUCAAUCACCUAUCUUGCCCUGCAGCACCAGAGAGCUCUCUCCCUGGCCCUCCAUUUUUUUAUUUUCCUUUGGGUUUAUUUUUAAAAGUGUGUAGGGCCGUGUUUAGUGUUGUGUAGAGUGAACCCCCAGCUGGCCUUGCCCCCCACCCCCUAAGCUCCCACCGCGCCCCUCAGUGCAGCUUCCCUCCCUCAGGAAUACACCUCCCAGAGCCCAUGGUGAAAUGCAUGUGUUAAUUACAGUUUCUUUUCCAUAAUAAUAAAAACAGUUUGAAAAGAGCAACACUUGAAUAAAAGGAUGUUCUUGACUGUAA